AUGCAGACGAUCUAUAUGACGCUGGGACUGGGCCUGAUCUCCACUGCCCUUCAGGCGGCCGUUCUCCCGCUGACGAUGGUCAAAAACCAGGCCCUUCCCAUGGAUACGGAGAAAUUCGGUUAUCUCGAGUUUAAGCCCAAUGGUUCACUGAUCCUACGAAGGGCUCCCAAUCAGAGUGGCAGCAACCUGCAGAAUCUCCUAAUGCUGCGAGGAAUUCUUCAAGCACUCAAGAUCAAUCCCUCAAAGAUUUCCGAGAAUGGUGGCGAAACGCGAUUCGACUUCAAGAUGUAUGGCGAUGGAGUGGAGCACAAGUUUCCACCCAUUUUGGAGAAUCUCAUACAACGCAUUCAAACGUAUUUUUCGGUCUACCGCUAUACGGAUACCAGCAAGCCCCUGCAGAGGAUUGAACUUACCACCCAAUCGACGGAGGGUUCUACGGAUGUAACUACUCUAAAAUCGGAGAACGAAGAAGAAGAACUGAUAGUCGUGGGAGAACAGGAUGCCUAUAUUACAGUGGGAGAUGAGGCGGUUUAGUCAUCGCUCUAUUUAUUACAUAUUUAUUCCCCUAGCUAUGUAAGCGAAUAAAA